UAUCCGCUGCGUCAGUGUCGGCCUUUUCCUUCGGCGGCUGCGUGCGAGUAGGUGCUGAGCUGCUACGACGACAAGCGGUUGUUCGGAGGCGCAUAGAAGUGUAGAGGUGGCCGUCCGGCAAGUUCGGCGCAAAAAUGGUCCUCGAAAGCACUGUCGUUUGUGUGGACAAUAGUGAAUAUAUGCGGAAUGGCGACUUUAUACCAACACGCCUACAAGCGCAGCAGGAGGCUGUUAGUUUGGUGUGCCACUCGAAGACCCGAUCCAACCCGGAGAAUAACGUUGGCUUGCUGACACUGGCAAGUUCCGAAGUAUUGGCUACGCUUACCACUGAUGUUGGACGCUUGCUAUCGAAACUUCACCAAGUCCAACCGAAAGGAGAUAUCAAUUUCCUGACAGCUAUCCGUAUCGCACACCUCGUGCUCAAGCAUCGCCAAGGCAAGAACCACAAGAUGCGUAUUGUAGUGUUCGUCGGCAGUCCCAUCGAGACCGAUUCGAAAGAGCUCACCAAGCUCGCAAAGCGGUUGAAAAAAGAAAAAGUGAACGUAGACAUUGUGAACUUUGGAGAAGACAACAUUAACACGGAGAAGCUGGCAACUUUCAUCAACACGCUGAAUGGAAAAGAUGGCAGUGGUUCCCACCUAGUGACAGUACCACCAGGCCACCAGACUCACCUGUCUGAUGCACUCAUCAGCUCUCCAGUGAUUCAAGGCGAGGACGGCACAGGUGGCAUUGGCUUGGGUGUUGGCGGCUUCGAAUUUGGUGUAGAUCCAAAUGAGGACCCAGAACUAGCCCUGGCAUUACGUGUGUCUAUGGAGGAGCAGCGCCAGCGCCAGGAGGAUGAGGCCAGGCGGGCAGCUGCUAACUCUGCUAAGCAAGCAACCCAGGCUCCUACAGCUGAGACAGAAUCUGGCUCAAGUGAAGAACGGCUGCUGGAGCGAGCCCUAGCAAUGUCUAUGGAAACAGAUCCUGCUCCUCCAACUACGACUGCCAGCCUACCAGACUUCUCAGCCAUGACAGAGGAUGAACAGAUCGCUUAUGCCAUGCAGAUGUCCCUCCAGCAGGCCCAGUCGGACAGUCCUUCUACAGGGGGGACACCUGCAGCAGCUGUCAAGGAGGAGCCCAUGGAGACAGAAGAAUCCGAAGAACCCAAGAAGGAUGAGGCAGAGUCCGAAGACUACGAGAUGAUUCGGGACCCUGCCUUCCUCCUGUAUGUCCUCGAAAACCUUCCUGGUGUGGACCAGAGUGAGACUGUCCGCAACGCACUUGGAGAGCUCACCCAGGGAGACACGGCCAAGAAGGAUAAGGGUGCCCAAGACAAGGGCAAAUCAAGCAAGGAUAAGCAGUAACCCACUGUGUCUGCUUGACUUGGCCCUGCCUUUCUGCAGCCAACGUCCUUUUUUUCUACCACUAGCGGUUUAAGACAACACAAACUAAAAUAAUAAAGGCAUGCUUCCCGUUAUUUGCGGGAUGUGCAGUUGUCAUCCUACAAA